AUGGAAACCGACGUUAGCCGAAAAGAGGCAACCAUAGCAUCCCACGUUAGGGUGUUUGUGCUUGGAGAUGAAGCUCAGUCUAAAGAGGAGCGGUGGCUGGUCCAGAAGCUCGACUUCUUCAUCCUGACAUAUUGCUGCAUUAGCUCCUUCUUCAACUACCUCGACCGGGCAGCUUUCGCAAAUGCCUACGUCGCUGGACUACGAGAGGACUUGCAGCUGGAAGGCAACGACUAUAAUGUCGUUCUGGCCAUGUUCACGGCAGGGUCGGUCAUCGGGCAGAUCCCUCACGGAAUCAUCAUUCAAAAGGUUGCUCCACGCAUCUGGCUACCACUGAUGGUCCUCGUGUGGGCUGCACUGACGAUGUGCACGGCAGCCUGUACGACCUACGCCCAACUCUGUGCCGUGCGCUUCAUCCAGGGCCUGGCUGAGGCGAGCACGUACUGUGGUACCAUCUACAUCAUUGGGUCCUGGUACAAGCCGCGCGAGAUUGCCAAGCGCACAGCAAUCUUCACAGCGUCAGGCCAGGCUGGGACUAUGUUUGCGGGGCUUAUGAUGACAGCUAUCUACACCGGAAUGGAAAACAAAUCACUCAGAGGAUGGCAGUGGGUGUUCAUCAUCAACGGCAUAAUCACAUGUCCAAUCGCCAUUAUGGGCUUCCUGUAUUUCCCGGACACCCCUGAGUUGACACAAGCAUCGUGGUUGAACAAAGCCGAGCGGCAGUUGGCCUUGCUGAGGCUUCCCCCUAAGAAAGCCGACGGUCAUAACAUCAGCCCCUGGUCACUGAUUACGCGGACUCUGACUUCACCAGCAUUGUAUAUCCUAUGCUUUUUUGCAGUCAUCACUGGGGCGCUGGAAGCCUUUGUCGUGCAGAACAUCUUUCUGUUGUGGUUAAAGUACCAACAGAAGCACUUCACCCAGGCGCAGAUUAACACGUAUCCCCUCGGAGUUCAGGCGGUCGGUAUCGUAUCUAAUUUCCUGGCAGCGGUGCACAUCGAUGCGACAGGGCGACGAGUGCCCAUGGGUGUCCUGGCUUGUAUCUUCCAAUUGAUAUCCGCGAUUAUCUUAUUGAUCCCCAACCCGCCCUUUGCGGCGACGUUCUUCGCCUACUACCUUUCGGGAACCUCUUACAUGGUAAAUCCGGUGUCAUAUGGAUGGGCGAAUAUUAUCUGCCAGCGUGGCGGUGACGACGCAGUGCGGUCCAUCAUUCUGUAUUCGAUGAAUGCCGCCUCAACGUGCUUGUACACAUUCUGGGGGAUCGCACUCUACCCAGCAUCGGAUGCGCCAUAUUGGCGAAAUGGAUCCAUCGCCAUGAUAGUGGUCGUGUUUGUUAUGAUUGGCAUGGUGUUGGUGGUGAACCAGCUCGACAAGAAAACGCUGGCUCGCCACAGUGACACAGCCGUUAGGGACCUCCCAGAUCAUGUACCAGAUGACGCCAUUUUGGACGAAAGGUUAGAUGACGACUGCGAUGACCUGACCGGAUCUGAACGAAGCUUACUGAUGGGACCCCCAACCUCUAGGUACACCGAAGACAACACCCGGAAGCGACGCUCUUCGUGA